CAGCCUGACUACAAGCCAGAGUGGAAGGAGCUGUCCUCAGGGUCAGAUCUCAGCUCCACAGGCUGCCAUGGGGAUCCCCAGGACCUUCCUGCUCUGCUUCCUUGGGAGCAUGCUCUGCCUGACAGGCUCCCAAGCCCUGCAGUGCUACAGCUACGAGCACACCUACUACGGGCCUUUCGACCUCAGCGCCUUGAAGCUCCCCAGUGUCUCUUGUUCUCAGGGGUGCUCUGAGGUGGUCUUGACGCUGGAUACCGGUUACCGCAGCCUGGUGACAAUGGUCCGGAAGGGAUGCUGGAUGGGCCCCACCACCGGCCCCAUGCAGACCAACCAGGAUGCUCUGCCUCCCGACUACGCUGUGGUCCGUGGUUGUGCCACUGACUACUGCAACACCAACCUCAAGACUCACGACGCCCUCCCCAACCUGAGCCAAGCUCCUAACCCACCGACGCUCAGUGGCACCGAGUGCUAUGCCUGCUUGGGGACCCACCCUGAAGACUGUUCCCCUGAGAAGUCCCGACGGGUCCAAUGCCACCAGGACCAGAGCUCCUGUUUUCAGGGAAACGGCCGGAUGACCAUUGGUAACUUCUCGGUGCCUGUGUACAUCCGGACCUGCCACCGGCCCUCCUGCACCACCAUGGGCACCACAAGCCCUUGGACAUCCAUCGACCUACAGGGUUACUGCUGCGAGGGCCACCUCUGCAACAGGGCCUCUGUGACACAGACACAGCCUGGCACCCCGUCCUUGGCCCCUCCCAGGGCUCCCCAAAUCCUGACCCUGCUGAUCGCUGCUCCACUACUGGCCAUCACUCUGGGGGCAUCCGUCGGGCUCCCUGCAUAGAAAGCACCUCCAGGAUCGCGCUGCUUCUCAUCACAACAGCACCUGAUGUGGGCUCCUUUAAAAAUGUCAUGAAAAUAAGAGCUGCACUCCUGUCCCUCCAGUCACAACCUUCCACCCCGCUGUCUGUCCCUCCUUAUGCCACUGGCCCCACCUCCUGAAGGCCCAUCUAUACAGUGCAUUAAAUGAGGUCCAACCAGCUUUCAAUAGUGCCAUCCCCUGGUCACUAAGCCUUCAAUACAUGAGCCUUUUGUGAUCCCUCACAGCAAACCAUGCCACUUACCUUAAAAACCUACUUCUAGCAAGGAUAGUGGUAAUCCCAGUCUGUCGUCCCAGCAUCCAGGAGGCUGAGGCAGGAGGAUCGCUACUUCAAGGCCAAGCUGGACUACAUUGCAAGUUCAGAUCCAGCCUGAACUACAGUGUGAGAUCCUUUUAGGCAUGGUGCCACACACGUUUAAUCUCAGCACCACGAAGGCAGAGGCAGGUCUGAGUUUGAAGUCAACUAGGUCUACAGAGUGAAUUCCAGGAAAGCCAAGACUACAUAGUGAGACCCUGUUUCAAAAGAAAGAAAGAAAGAAAGAGAGAGAGAGAGGGGGGGGGGAACAAACCCCCAUCUUUCAGUCUCUCUCUCUAAAGCAGAAUUGAAAUCUAUAGUAUAACUCUGCAGUCCCUCUUGGGCCUAUCACCCCAACAGAAAUUGGUUCAUAUGCCCCCCCAAACUAUAUAGGCUAGUAGGACAGUUCAUAAUAACUACAAACUGGAAACAACCCAAAUAAAUAUGAACAGCCAAAUGGAAUGAGGAGACUGUGGUCUAGCUACACAAUGGAGUACUAUGCAGCAGUGGGCAAUGACAGCAGACAGUGGCCUGCAGUGGCCUUGAAAGAAUCUCACAAAAACAAUCUUGAGCAAAACAGUAAAGACACACAACAGGACAGGUUAUGAGAUCCCAUCAAACAACGUAUGACAGUUACUAACAGCUGGUGUGUAAAAUUAGAAGAGAGAAGAGUGAUUGUCUUUGGGAGCAAGUGACCAGGAGAGGAAAUAUGAGGUGUUUGGAGGUCUAGACAUUGAGUUAUAGGAUCUAAGAACUCAGGGAUCCAUUUUUGCUCCCCCCCCCCAACUAAACUUUUUGUUGUUGUUUUCCUUCGUUUGAGAUAAAAGGUCUCAUGUAGCUCAGGCUAGCCUCAAACUCAUUUGCAUAACCUAGGAUCAUACUGAACUCCUGAUUCCCUCACCUCGACCUGCCAGACAGAUGUUGCGAUUACAUGUGGGAUCCAUCACACCUGUCGUUUCUUGUCUUUCCAGGUGUAUAUUAUUUGCAAUAAAAAGUUUUAAAUGUG